CUCCAUACACUCACACAGGUAAAGGUAGGCCAGGUGGGGCGGGGCCUAUGGGGGCCAUCCUGAGACUUUAUUUGAGGAUCAGAGGGUGCAGGUGGUCGGGUCAGAGAGCAGACCUGCAGCGAUGGCUCAGGUGAAGGCAGCAGGAGACGCAGCAGCGAGGAGCCAGCAGGAGUGUGCAGACGCUUAUUCUGAUAUGAUGACCGUGAGCUCCACUGCAGAUAUCGGAGACUCUGUGAGGAGGGGGCCACUGUGCGAGACUUCCAUGUCUGUGGGCCUCAGCAGCAGGAGGAGCAGGGCCCUCCACCCCUCCCCCGCCCGGAGACGACACCGCACCUCCUUCAGCCACAAACAGCUGGAGCAGCUGGAGGGAGCGUUCACUCAGAACCAGUACCCCGACAUCUACUACAGAGAGGAGCUGGCCCGGGUCACCAAGCUCAACGAGGCCCGCAUACAGGUGUGGUUUCAGAACAGACGAGCCAAACAGAGGAAGCAGGAGCGCGCCUCGCAGAAACUCCUCCCCAUGGGUGUGAUGGGGGGCCACAGGGGGCUUCUAGGAGGCGUUCACAUCCAGCAGUCAAGCAUGAGUCGACAGUUUUACCCCCAACCCCUCGCUCACCUCCCCCGCCUCCCCCCUAUGAUACCCUCCGGGCCGUACGCUCCGUGCCCCUGCCCCGGCAGCGUCCCUCCAGCAGCAGCAGCCCCGCGGCAGCACGAGGACUGGUACGGCCCGCUGAGGACCAACAUCCCGUCCCCCAUGUUCUCCCUGCAGCCCCUGGAGCCCCCCGCUCACUGGAGCUAAAGAGUAAUCCUAAUAAACAUCACUUUAAUCCUCACUUUUUGGAAGUCAUUGCACUUUUUUACAUACUUUGGGUUCUCUAAAGGAAUAUUAGACACAAAUGUUUUCAAAUGUCUCUGGUAGAUUUCCUCAGCGUGCAGGAGAGAAACAGGCUGUCAUGGCUGCAACGUAAUUCUUGAUCCAUCAAAGUGCAUGCACGA